AUGGUCGAUUUAUCCCAGUGCUAUUUGCACAAGUUGGGCGAUGCUGAGCGAGGUUUGCUGGCCGAGCUGCGAGGGCUCGUGCCGUCCCUGGUGGAGAAAGCACGCGAAGCCUCGGAGGAUGCCAAGAAAACCGAGCGACUCACGAUUUGGGGCGUGGACCUGGAGAAGGAGUCUGAGGCCUCUGACAUCAUUCUGCUGAAGUACCUCCGUGCGGAGGAGCUGAACCUGGACAAGGCUGCAACUCGCAUUGUCGACACGUUGGUCUUCCGAGCUGACUGCAAGAUUGAUGGGCUCAGGGAGGCAGUCUUGCCUGGCUGCUAUCAGGGCCAUGACGUGAUAAGUGGUCUAGACGUUGAAGGCAGGCCUGUUAUGAUCAGCCGCUUUGGCAAGAUGGACUUAGAGAAGGUCUUCGGCGACAUUGAGGCUUUCGUUAGAUAUCGUGCGAAACUGAUGGAGGAGGCAAUGGCCCAGCUCUCUUUCAAGAAGGGAGAGCCAGAGGAUCUGACUCAGGUUCAUGACUACUCUGGCGUGCCACUGAUCUUUCAGACUUCACAGGUGAAGGAUGCUGUUUCGGCCGUGACAAAAGUGUUUUCAGACCACUACCCAGAGACAAAGGGGAAGACGAUUUUCGUUAAUUUCCCCACUGCCUUCGCAAAGCUGUUCAAGGCCUUUUCACUAUUCAUCCCGGAGAGGACUCUGAAGAAGUUCCAGAUCUUGGGUGAAAACGAUCAUGCGCAGCUUUUUGAAUCCAUCCCCGCCGACAGAGUGCCCGAAGGUUUGGGCGGCAUGCAUCGGGAUGGGGCACUGGCUGGUCCUUGCAAGCAGGUCCAGGUGCGAGCCCGCUGCACAGAAGAGGUGUGCCUUCUGAAAGUGGAAAAGACCCCCUGCUCAAUAGAUUGGGAAUUGCGAGUCUGCUACUGGGACGUCUCAUACGAGGUUUGGUUCGUUGCAGAUGGCACUUCUGAUCUGGUGCAGAAAUCCGAUGGCUUGGUCCAGGCGACAGAUGGAGUAAUCAGUGGGCAGUACGUGGCCAAAACCGCAGGUGAGCUAAGAUGCCACUUCAUCAACAACGGUGCCUGGUUCAAGUCUCGACUUUGCUUAGCCAGAGCGCAGGUCCACAUGUAA